AUGGAGCCCAAAGACACUGAGGGCAUUGGUGGCCUUGGUGGCCUGUACUCGGACCUUUGUGCCAUCGAGCAUCAUCCAAAUGUCAAUCUCGAACGACUCUGUUUCGAAUUAGAGGCGCAUCUCCCAGACUUCCAAAAGCUCCUCGACAAAACACCAAAGAACAAUGCCAGUCGUCAGACUGUCCUCACAGGGAAGAUCAGCUCUGAAGGCGACGAAUACGAAAUCAACUCGGAUUUCCAGCAAGGCGCACUCCAACUGGCCGACGCCCUGAACAUCGACGAAAUCCAAGCGGCAUUUAUGUUUUUAAAAGCCCAGCGUGAUGGUCAUCUAAUAGGCAGGUCCCCUCUGAUCGCCGCUCUAAUGACGUUUCAUGAACACCGCUCGUAUGCCCUUAGCUGUCUACGUCUCGUCUUCAAACUAUCGUUCGACUAUGAACUUCCAAACCUCCAAGCCGUCAUGCAAACAGCUCUGACACACGUCCUUGGGAUCAAAAACAAUCCCCUGCGGCAUGCCUCAGAAUUUGCCCGAAAGGCGUUGAAAUCCAUGAGUGACAUUGAGGAAUGGAUAUCACUUCUCGGGGAGCAGCUCCAAAAGGCCACCACGCUCGACCAGGAACUUGAUUCAGAUAUCAUGGAGGCCAUUGAAUUUCAACAAUCCUGCUUGCAAGAACAGCAUGAGUCACUUGGGGCGAUCGUUUGCUACAUGUUCAAGGGAUCUUUCACAAGCAGCGAGGAUGUUCGUUUCCUUGUUCAGCAAUUAAAGAAAGAAGACCGCUUUGACGUGCUCCUAAUACACUACGUUCCUGCCAUAAUUGCGUCCUUUUUUCAAUAUGGUUCUCCAGAUGGCCCAGGAGCCGUUGAGAGGGAAGCACGGGAUCUAAACCAAUUCAUCACCGCAACCACCGAUCCCCAAGGUUGGAAAUUGCCGAACUUCCACGCGGCUGUCACCGCUCUGUGGCUUUCAGUCUACAGUGGAUGGUAUUUUGACGGUGCCUUGCCCUCGAGUGUCGAUCUCAAUAUCGAUGUGGAGAAGGAAUCGGAAGAGCGAACGAAGAUGUUUAAGUCUUCCCUUGAUGACGGAGCACUUGACUUCAUGCUUUCCAUCUGUGCCGCUGUCAACAAUAAAGAGUGGGCUGAUCCCGCUCGAAGCGAACUAGUGGCCUUGCUGCUGAAGGAGAGUGUCGUAUCAUUGCCACAAUCUUGUGCUUGCUCUGAUUUCAUGAAGGAACUUCUGAUGGAAAACUUUGAGGUUUUUAUCGAAUCGUGUGUUGCAAACAUGCCUGACGCGGUCCGGCAUUUGAAGUCGGAAGAGGACUCCCAAAGACUGGACCAAAUCACUGCCCUCAGAGACGGUCUCAGCUCUAGCCUUCACCGUGGCUUAGUAGAAGUGCGGACUUAUCUCGAAUCUUUCCUCAUGAUCAUUUCAUUUGCCUUUGAACGCCGUGCUGAGGCAGCUCAAGAAUUCUGGGCUGAUCCUGAGAGCAAUCUCUAUGGCUUCCUUCAAUGGGCUUCUAAACGACAGACUGUUCCCCGAGUCAGCGCUUUCUGUGAAAUGCUUUGUUCAAUCUCAGAAGGGCCGGAAAAUGCAGCUGCAGCACACCAGUUCCUUGCAGAGGAAGACAAGUUCAUGUCUUCCAAAUUUAAGCGAUCCACAACAAUGAAUUGGUCGCAAAUGUUUGCUGAACUACAACUUUAUGCGUCUCGUGUCACUGAAAAACCGAACUCAACACCUUCGCAAGGCUUCGUCGGGACGUUCUUUUCACGGAAACCGGAGCCGGUGGAAAUGAACGAGCCAGAAAGCCCCGUGAUGCUAACAUGCUACCUUCGGCUCAUGGGUCAUCUAUGCAGUCAGAGUGAGCUUGUCCGAGACUGGAUGUUACAAAACCAAUCAUUCAAUGUAGUCAAUACAUUGUUGACUCUGUGCAGCGGUCCCAUUCCGUCGCAUCUCCGAGCAACUGCCUUCACGACACUUUCAGCGCUGAUGACUAACAAGACCUCCGCCGCUGGCCAUCAAAUGUGGGUGGCAAUCGACGAGUGGUUGUCUGGCGGGUCUAUGAGUGCAUCAGGCAAUGGUAAAGUGCCUUUGGUUUCCAACCUCCCUGUGUGGCAUCAACAACAGGCCUUCAAAAAGAUCGGAGAGAGCUUCGAUCAGACGAAUGCGUUUAUCAUUCUUGUCAAUGCACUCUUUACUCCUCCCUCUGACCAGGUCAACGAUGGCAUGUCGCUCCCUUUUCCGUCGAACCUAGGUGGUUCUUAUCGGAUGCCUGGUGUCGGCCCCUACAUUGAUUUUAUCUUAGGCCAUGCCUUAUCAAAAAAGGUUCAGGACCUCAACGACCACCAGUCCCGUCUUCUGACCUUCAACUGCCUAGAUUUUGUGGUGUCAAGCUUGAAGUCAUUCAAUGAGAACUUAGUCUUGGCCUUGAGCGAGGCAUCUGGGUCCGAUCACACGGCGAAUGCUUCGUUGGUGUCAACAUACGUUGUUGCCCAUCCCUUUGCCCGUGUGGUAGAGUGGCUUUUCAAUGAAGAUGUUCUCAAAUCUUUGUUUGCAGCCUCUCACCAAGACACUGCAGAGCUUUGCAUGGCGGCACCUGAUUCUAUCGUCGUCUUGACCUUGCUCCGCAGCCUGGAGGCAAUGAAUUUGCUUCUGGAUCUUCAGUCGACAUACUUAAAUGUCGUCAAAUCGAUUGUCACCUCCCAGCUUGCACCACACAGAACAAACGUGGCCAAUUCUUCGCUUGCCUCAUUUGAAGACAGUGUGUUGAGCAAUCUCACUCUCAUUCCAUUGCUGUGUCUUUAUUGUAGUACAGGGCAUUUGGACCUUGCGAUUACAUCUAUGCAAUUGCUGGAAAGGCUCACCAGCUCCCGCAAACUCAAUAAAAUGUCAUCUCUGGAAUCUGCCCAAUGGCGAUCCUCGAACAAGAUUGUCGAGGUGCUUGCAUCUGAGCUCGAUGUGGACAGUGUAUCGAAGCCUUUGGUACUCCAGAUGACUCCUGACAUCAGAGAAUUCGAUUAUGGCCCCGAGGCAGCCAGCUACGUCCUUCGAGAAAACCUUCUUGCGCUUCUGAGGCGAUGCCUGGGAACAAUCACAGACCGUCCUACAGUAGCUCAUCUUCUCCUUGGCUUCAAGUGUGUGGGAUCUACUCUUGAAACGUCAAGUCAAGGACUAUUUGCGGAACAGAUGUCCCUUUUGCAUGCCAUCGUGGACUUUUUGAAGGCAUAUCCAGAGGAUCUUGAUGGUCUAAUUGUGUCGUGGGUUGUGUACCUCAAACGCAUGGCCUUUGAAGUGCUGAAGCAUUUGUGGUCAUCAAAGCUGGCAGGCUUCGAAACCCUUACUGAAAUGCGAUCUCUGAAUUUGCUCCAGGUCAUGUUCGCUAAACAACCUAUCAUUGAUUCGAAUACGGCCUGGGGUGGCUACAGCGCUGAGAUGGAUGAAUUCUGGAUCUCAGACUCGGCAACGGCCAUGACAGAGUUCUUGCUCUACCGCAGCUACUUGUUCGAAUAUGCGGCCGCAGAAGUACGUUCGACGGCCAAAAUGGGAUCGCAAGCUCUGCAUUCCCAAACAAUGGCGAUUUUGCUUGGGAACACUGUCAUGGAAAACGGUCAACCAAUACAAAGUCAAUCCGUGUUUGACCUCUUCGAUUUCGCGGAUCUUGGCGUUUUGCGUGAUUUCCAGAAGCCUACGGUGUCUUUGCUUGACGACAUAUCUGUUCAAGUGAAGUGCAAUCCAAAGGAUGGUAAUUUGGACGAAUACAACGUGGAUGAGUUUCAGGCACUGGUCCAAAUGCGGGAUGCAGAAUUGUCCGCCGGUGGAAACAAACAGCGAUUCAGAGCGGAGGUAUUUAAUUUUGAGCAAUUCAUGACUGCGAAAAACCAUCACCGUCGGAUCCAAAACACACAUUAUGCAGCUCUCAAGUCUUGGACAGAGCUCAUCUCCACUAUGAUUGCUUGCUCCGAUGAUGACGAAGGAGUCACCCCUGCUUUCAUGCUGCACUGUCUCCAGUUGAUACUUCCUCAGCUUGAGGCUGCCACCGAUGAUGAUCUUCCUUGGGCUCUAGAACUGGCAAAAUUGGCUGAAACAUUGAUUUCUCGCAGUGGAGAUGCCAUUAAUGAAAAGCUCUACCACCUUUUCCAGAUUUGUAUUCAAGGCAUCAAUUUGGCAACGGGGAAUGUCCUGUUGAGGGAGACAUUUUACAUGAUCUGCUCUCACUACGUCACACGCAUCACAACAUCCGACACCAACAAGGGCCUACGACGUGAUAGCCAACGCGCCAUUACAACGUGCUGCCCCGCCCUCGUUGAGACCAUCUGCGAUGAUGCCUUAAAUGGCCAAGACUCGUGCCGUGCGUCCGCUCUCUUGCUCUUGAACGGCCUGGCCGUUCUAGAUAGCCAGACUGAUUGUGUUUUGGCAAAGCACAUUUCAGAGGCGAACUGUCUGAGUCUCUUCCUAGAUUCUUUGCGGGCUCUUCCCAUUGAACUCCGCAGAGCCCAGGGAACCGAUACUCCUGCGCUCAUAACUUACUAUGCGUCACUGCUUUCUCUACUGCAGCGGCUGUCUCAGACCAAGAAAGGAGCCACAUAUGUUCUCGAUGCUGGCCUCUUCCAAGCUGUUCGUGAUUCGCAACUUUUCGCUGCUGAUCCAGACAUUGGCAUAGAUAUCGACAAUCCUGAUGCUCUUCAGAAGUACUACGACCUACUUUUGUCAGUCAUGCGCGUCAUCGUGUCCGCUGUCUUUUCUCGUGGAAUACAAAACCAGCAAAUCAUACAACAGACCCGCAUCUUCCUGGCCGAAAACAGAGCUUGCAUGGUGGGCAUUUUCAAACGAUCUGCGAGGAUUGGAAAUACAUCCAAACAACAUCAGGAGACUCUGCGCGACCUGGAUAAGUCGUUCAUGGCACUUGUUUCGGCCACUGGUUUCACCGAGGCUGAGGACCAAGAAAUUCAGCAGACUGCCAAGCCUGCUAUGAUGUUUUCGUGA